CUCUGUCAGUUGUCACCGAUGACCGAUGAGGAUCCGUCAAAAUAUUGUUAAUGAUAAGUUAUGUCGCUUGAAUGGAUGUAUGCAUGUAACAGCGAAUGUAAGUUAAUAUAAUUGAAAAUGAGUCUCGUAGCGUACGAUAGCAGCGAUGAAGGCUCCGAAAACGAGGAAAGCGAACCCGCGAAGCUGAAUGCCGUGAACAAUACGGAUAACGAUGCCGAAGCAGUAACCGUGCAAAUAACCUCGAAGUUGUCCUUACCUGCUCCGAAAAUAGUUUCGCAUAGUAUAAACGAUGAGGAGGUAGAGAACGACAGUACGGGAUGUAACUUUCAACAGUUUCUUGAUACUCUGCCGAAACCCAGAAAAUUCACUUCUGUGGAAAACAUCGAGGAAGUGGAGGACGAUAUUCUGUUGAAGAAAGAAAGUCAAAUUCCAAAGCCAGCAAAAAAGCAGACAGUGAGAAUAUCAGUGCCUUCCUUAUCAGAGUUUAAAGAUCUUGAGGAAGAGAACGAGAAAAAACCAAUCAGGAUUGUACAAUCGUCACAGAAACGUUGUGGACUCUUCACCCUUUUGAUGGCGCCAAAAGGAGAGACAACAAACAAUAAGAUUCUAAUACCUCAGACUGUUAAGAACGCAGCAAUGAAAGCGAAUGUACAGCAGCCAAGAACUAUGAGGAAAUCUAGUACACAUCAAAAUGAUUUUAAAGCAAAAAAGUCAACUUCAGAUAAAUUACAUGAUGAAUUGAGCUCUGACGAAGAAGAUGCGACAAUAGAUUUCUUUGGACUGACUAUAAGUAAAAGUAUGCCAAGUAGUUCUGCGAGAGGAUUAUUAGAUUCUGAAUUGUCUUCAGAUGAUCUUGUACAUAAGUCAGAUACUGAAGCUUCACUUAUGGAAGAUCAUAAAAUAUGCGACUCUUUCUCUAAUUCUGAUAUCUUGACACAUGAUCAAUCGAGCAAUUCGAGCAAAACAUUAACAAGUAAUGUUAUAGAUUUACCUAAGGAAGAGAUUUUAUUGAAGAACAAAGCAGAGGUUGGUCCAAAAUUGCCUGUUCCUGAACAAGAAUAUAAUGUUGAUAUGGAAGGCAAUGUUGCUUUUGAUGAAAAGGCGAUCGAGUAUCUUUGUGGAAGGCGUGGUAUAAAACGUAAGGAAAUCGAUGAAGCAGAUAUAAUCGAGAUAAAUGGAGAAGACAUAAAACCGGAUGAAAGAGAAUGGCUGGUAAAGGCACUGACAGAAGAAUCUGUACAUAGGCCAGUGUCUAUGCAGAGUGGUGGGGUAAAUUCCCAAUCCAAGAAGAAACAUCAAAUAACUUAUCUAGCGCAUCAAGCUAAAGCCAUGGAAUUGGAACUCAAGAAUCAGUGGUCUCAAAAUAGAAUGGCACGAAAACAAACAAAAUCGAAAUAUGGUUUCUAAAAGCAAAUUUGUACAAAUUUUUUUUUUUAAGUGCAAAUAUAAACAAUCUUUAUUUAUUAAGAUAAAUUAAUAACAUCUGUAUUGAAGAGCAUUGCAAAUACUGAAAUAUAUUAAAAUUUAGUUCAAAA